AACACCGGUCUAAUCUGGUUACAUAAGAAACCCGCUGUAUUUGCGGCACGUCCCUGCGCUAAUCCGCCGAACUAUUCCCGCGGCAGCGGCUGCAGGAAAACACGCGCGCACACUUGUGGCUCUGAACGCACACGCGUGCUCAAGUCAAGAGCGCGUGGAAUAAAAAGACAAACCACACAUAGAGGGAGUGACAUCUGUUUAUCUGCGGUCGGUUUAUCCGUGGAAAGCUGCUCUCCCAAAGCCCGAACCAGAACCUGGCGGGCGGCUUCGCUGCGCUUGUACGCGCCCGUGACGAUUCCGCUGACGCGCCACUGGCCGCAGCACCACCCAGGAGACAGACAGCAGAGAGGAGAGGACAGGAGAGGAGAGAGGACACUGACAGAGCAGGAGGACACUGACUCUCUUUCUCUGAUUUGACUAAAGCCUGUUUUUGCGCAGGUCUCGCGCGGACUGGACGAUAUUUAACGAACAAAUCCUCCAGCAGCAGCAUCAUCCUCAUCAUCCAGGCUCUCGAGCAGAGAUGGAGGUACCAGGCUUGGCGCACAACAUCACCAGUCCAUUAAGUCCCUGCGAGGGGAUGAUCAAGGACCUGAGCUUGAACGCCAUACAGUUAUGUGAACGAGAUGGAAGUAAAUCCCAGGACGGCAGCAUCUCCGAGAUGGAGGAGCUCCCCGUUCCUCAGAACAUCAAGAUCAGCAACAUCACCUGUGACUCCUUCAAAAUCUGCUGGGACAUGGAGCCGUCCAGCAAGGAGCGCAUCACACACUACUUUAUUGACCUGAACAAGAAGGAGAACAAAAACUCAAACAAGUUCAAGCACAAGGAUGUUCCUACCAAGCUGGUGGCCAAGGCAGUGCCUCUGCCCAUGACAGUUAGGGGUCACUGGUUCUUGAGCCCACGCACAGAGUACACUGUGGCUGUCCAGACUGCAUCCAAACAGACGGACGGGGACUACGCCGUCUCUGAGUGGAGCGAGAUCAUCGAGUUCUGCACUGCUGAUUACUCCACGGUGCAUCUAAACCAGCUCCUGGAGAAGGCAGAGGCCAUCGCUGGCCGGAUGCUGCCUUUCUCUCUCUUCUACAGGAACCAGAAUAAAGAGUACUUUGACGACGCCAGAGAGAAGCAGGGGAACCAGAUGCUUCCGUCAGUGAAGGACAACAGUGGCAGCCACGGCUCUCCCAUCAGUGGCAAACUGGAGGGCAUUUUCUUCUGCUGCAACACAGAGUUCAACACCGGCAAACCUCCGCAGGAUUCCCCGUACGGCCGCAUGCGCUUCGAGGUCCAGGCGAACACACUCUUCAACCCCGACACCAACCUGUACUUUGGAGAUUUCUACUGCAUGUACACGGCCUACCACUACGUGAUCCUGGUCCUGGCACCAAAGGGCUCCAGAGGCGACGACUUCUGCAAGCAGCGUCUGCCCGCGCUCGACAUCGGCAGCAACCCUUUCCUGACCUGCAAGCAGGUGGAGGAGUGCGACGGCGGCCUGGUGUUUCAUCACGCUCAGGACGUCAUCCUGGAGGUGAUCUACACGGAGCCCAUGGACCUGGCGCUGGGCACGGUGGCGGAGAUCAGCGGACACCAGCUGAUGAGUAUGUCCACGGUGAACGCCAAGAAAGACCCGAGCUGCAAGACCUGCAACAUCAGUGUGGGACGCUAAGGCGACAGCAGAUUGUCAAGAGAGCGAGGGAAGAAGGGACUAAGAAGUGACUGACCUCCACACACACGCACACGCACACACACACACACACACACACACACACACACAUGCAUGACGCAGCAGAUUUAGAAGGCUUCCAGACAUGCACACACACACACACACCAACAUAUCUCUGUACUCUGAAUAUUCCCAAAGAAGGACGCAGAGAAUAUAGAGGAUGGUACUCACUCUUUGACAUCUGCCCCCACUGUGCAGCCAUCUUAAAAGUUGGGGUCUGCCCUAAAUGUUGAAAACACACCUUAAAGAUGUCCGUGUAAGGGACCACCAGCUGAGAAAUCUAAACCUGGGACAGCGACACAGAUCCAUGCGUCCAUCCUGCAAGUUAACACCGUCAUAGUCACCAAACCCUUUAACUGUACUAAAAAACAUGGGCUGUUUCUAUUAUAUUUAAAGUGAUUUUUUGUUGUUUUUUUAAAUCAGUUGUUCCAUUAUGUUGUCAGUGACCUUUGCCUGGUUUUUAUUGAUAUACUGUUAAUUGCGUCCACCGUCUGUGUGGACAAGCAUUUUGCUCUUUGACUGUUUCUCUCUCUCUCUCUCUUGAGAUGAUGAUGAUGAUGAUGCUGAUGUUUUGUUCUUAUUACACAGUAGACAAAAAAAAUCUGACUUCUUUUACCUCCUACUAGUGGCACGUACUGGUACUACACGUUUCUAGGGCUGCAGCAUCAAUAGUCAUCUGUCUUUAUACCAAAGGUAUUAAACACUAGACAUUAACCUGCUGUGGGGAAAAAAGAAAACAAAUGCAACAACCUCUAACAUAACAUGUGUACUCACUGAAUCUCUGAUGGCCAACUUGUGAACUACGCAUUAACACUUUAACCUUUUUUUGUUAGGGAAAGAAAAAAAAAGCAUGAUGCAGUUUUGUGGAGAAUGAGUACGAAAGCUGUCGGUGCCGCGCUCAUAAACCUUUUUCCUGCAACGUUCGAUAUUUACUUUAUCGUAGUCGGUGGAAAGAAAGUAGAACCAUAAACUGUGUUUAGCAGAAUAAA